AUGACGUCACAGGCUGAUGGGAUGUGCUCCAGACACACGCAGGACUCGGAGCUCAGCCUCACUUUACUCUGUUAUACUGACACAAACCCCACAGACGCUCAGGACACUGUGUGUGACAGUAAACUGUUGAACUGCAAUAACAUGGAGAUGAAAACAAACCCAAAUCAGAAGAAGAUCACACUGAUGAAGAUGAUGAUGUGUAUGUCAUCCCUUCAGAUUGUGGUAAAGGUCGAGUCAAACCCCACAGACGCUCAGGACACUGUGAAACUGAUGGAGAUGAAAACACAAACCACAGUGAAGGAAGAACAGACUGAUGAAGAUGAGAAUCAUGAUGAUUUUGUUCCUUCAGAUGAGAGCGGUGAUUCAUGUUGUGAUGGAGAAACGGCCUCUACAUCAAAACAGCGACUGACAGCACAAACUCUUUCCUGCAUCACCUGUGGAAAGACAUUCAGUUCACAGAGACGUUUAGAGACACAUGAGAGAAAACACACAGAACAGAAACUCUUCACCUGCACCAGAUGUGACAUCAGCUUUCCUACCUUACAAGAGAAGAAACUUCAUUCACAAGAGCACAGAGAGAAGAAACACUUUCACUGUCAGCAGUGUGGGAAGAACUUUAGCUCCUUUUCUAAUCUGAACAUUCACAUGAGGACACACACUGGAGAAAAACCUUUCCACUGCAGUCAAUGUGACAAAUAUUUCAGCUCCAAGGGAAGUCUUGUUGCUCAUCAUAGAAUUCACACGGGAGAAAAACCGUACGCGUGUCCUCACUGUGACAAGAGAUUCAACCACAAACCUCAUCUGAAGAAACACAUGUGUGUACACACCGAUGAGAGACCGUAUGAGUGCAGUGAAUGUGGAAAAACCUAUAGACAGUCAUAUGAUCUGAAGGUACACCAGAGAACUCACUCUGAGGAGAAACUCUAUCAGUGUUCACACUGUGAUAAACGCUUCCUUAAAAACUCUUAUCUGAUACGUCACAUGAGGACACACACUGGAGAAAAACCUUUCCACUGCAGUCAAUGUGGCAAAUAUUUCAGCUCCAAACAAAGUCUUGUUACUCAUCAGAGAAUUCACACGGGAGAAAAACCGUACGCGUGUCCUCACUGUGACAAGAGAUUCAACCACAAACCUCAUCUGACGAAACACAUAUAUGUACACACCGAUGAGAGACCGUAUGAGUGCAGUGAAUGUGGAAAAGCCUUUAGACAGUCAUAUGAUCUGAAGUUACAUCAAAGAAUACAUUCUAAGGAGAAACUCUAUCAGUGUUCACACUGUGAUAAACGCUUCCUUAAAAACUCUUAUCUGAUACGUCACAUGAGGACACACACUGGGGAAAAACCUUAUGUCUGCUCUCACUGUGGAAGGAGCUUUUCUGAUCAACGUCAUUUCAGAGAACAUCAGAGAACUCACACUGGAGAGAAACCUCAUCACUGCAGUGUUUGCGGAAAGAGUUUCACUCGAUAUGACACUUUAGUGAAUCACAAGAGAACUCAUACAGGUGAAAGACUUUUCAAAUGUUCUCAGUGUGACAAGACGUUUACUCAGUCAGGUGUCUUAAGAAUCCAUGAGAGAGUUCACACUGGAGAGAAACCUUAUCACUGCUCCAUCUGUGGCGAGAGAUUCACUCAGUUAGCAAGUCUUCGAGCUCAUCAGAAGAAACAUGCUGAAGAACAAACUGCACUGGAAUCAUCAUACACUGAAAAAAAUGAAACAUUUGGAAACUUUGGAUCAACCUAAAAAAAUUACUUCAACUUAUUUUCUUUUGUUAUAUUUAAGCUUUGGUUUAAACUUUAAAUUGUAACUUUAUAAUAAUCCAAAUGUUUGGUCCAAAGUUUCCAAAUGUUUCAUUUUUUUCUGUGUAUUUUGAUUAAUAUAAAAUUAAAAUGUAAAGUUUGAAAUAAUAAAAUUGGC